AUGGGAGGUAAAUUUAAAUUUUCAAUUGAUCGAGGUGGUACAUUUACAGACAUCUAUGCUAAAUGUCCUGAUGGAAAAGUUCAUGUUAUGAAACUUUUGUCGGUUGAUCCAACUAAUUAUUCAGAUGCUCCACGUGAGGGCAUAAGGAGAAUACUAGAAAUAGAAACUGGAAAAAGCAUGCCACAAAGUGAGCCGAUUGAUAGUAGUUAUAUAGAAUGGAUUCGAAUGGGUACAACUGUUGCAACAAAUGCUCUUCUAGAGCGGAAAGGUGAACGUAUGGCUCUGUUAAUUACUCGUGGUUUCAAAGACUUAUUUCAUAUCGGAAAUCAAGCUCGUCCAAAAAUAUUUGAUUUGGAAAUCGUAACACCAGAUGUUCUUUAUGAAGAAGUUAUGGAAAUAGAUUGUAGAGUAAUUAAUUUAAAGUGUGAAAAAUGUGAUGAGCUAACUCCAAUUUGGAGUGAUAAGCCAAUUGUCCAAGGUGUCACUGGUGAAGAUAUACUAAUUUUAAAACAAAUUGAUGAAACUGCACUAAAAAAUGACUUAAUUUUAUUAAGAUCCAAAGGAAUUAAUAGUAUUGCUGUAGCUCUAAUGCAUUCUUACACUUAUAAUGAACAUGAGCGUACUGUAGGAAGAAUAGCUAAAGAAGUUGGCUUUGAACAUGUAUCUAUGUCCCAUGAAGUAAUGCCUAUGGUAAAAAUUGUACCACGAGGGUAUACAGCUUGCGCAGAUGCUUAUUUAACUCCACAUAUAAAAAAAUAUGUUAAAGGAUUUGCUUCAGGAUUUAAAAAUAAUUUAAAAGACAUUAAUAUAUUAUUUAUGCAAAGUGAUGGUGGACUAACGCCAAUGAACAGUUUCAAUGGUUCAAGAGCUAUUUUGUCUGGUCCAGCGGGUGGUGUGGUUGGAUACACAGCAACUACUCCUUAUAAGCCUGUUAUAGGCUUUGACAUGGGUGGUACAUCGACUGACGUUAGUCGCUAUGAUGGAGCAUUUGAACAUGUUUUUGAAUCAAUAACUGCAGGUGUCACGAUUCAAGCCCCUCAAUUGGAUAUAAAUACUGUUGCAGCUGGCGGGGGUAGCAGAUUAUUUUUUAGAUCAGGAUUAUUUGUUGUUGGACCUGAAAGUGCAGGAGCUCAUCCGGGACCAACAUGCUAUAGAAAAGGAGGUCCAUUAACUGUUACUGAUGCUAAUCUGGUUCUUGGUAGACUGUUACCUGAAUAUUUUCCAUCAAUAUUUGGCAAAACUGAAGACAUGCCAUUAGACAUAGAAGCAUCCUUACAUGAAUUUGAAGCCCUUACUAAUGAAGUUAACAACUUUGUAAGAGUUCAAUCUGAAAGUUCAAAACUAAUGACCCUUGAAGAAGUUGCAAUGGGAUUCAUAAGAGUUGCAAAUGAAUCAAUGUGUCGUCCAAUUAGAGCUCUAACUCAGGCAAGAGGAUAUGACACCAGACAGCAUACACUGGCCUGUUUUGGAGGAGCUGGUGGACAACAUUCAUGUGCUAUAGCACGUUCCCUAGGAAUUGGUCGUGUGGUUAUUCAUAAAUAUGCUGGCAUUCUGUCUGCCUAUGGUAUGGCAUGUGCUGAUGUUGUCCAUGAGGUUCAAGAGCCUUGUGCAUUGACAUAUGACAUUGAAAACUUUGAAUAUUUAAAUGAACGAAUCACUGUAUUGAGUUCAAAAUGUAUUGAUGAACUUAAAAAACAAGGAUUCUCAGAUAAUCAACUUCACGCUGAGCCAUUUCUACAUUUAAGAUAUGAGGGUACAGAUUGUGCUCUUAUGUGUUCAGCAAGUCAUGAUAAUUCAGUGAAUUCUAGCACAAUUCAUGGAGAUUUCUUAAGUGGAUUUCUUACUAGAUACCAAAAAGAAUUUGGAUUCAUUUUAUCUGGGCGUAAAAUAUACGUUGAUGAUAUACGUGUAAGAGGUAUUGGUAAAACAUUCUUAAAUAUUGACAAUGAAGAAGGCGAAACUAAUGAACCUCUACAAAUUGAAUCAGUUAAACAAGUAUAUUUUGAAGACCUGGGUUAUAUAGAUUGUAACAUUUACUUAUUUAACAAGUUGCGUAGAGGGCAUAUUAUUAAUGGUCCAGCAGUAUUAAUGGACAAAUUGAGUACAAUAUUAGUGGAGCCUAAGUGCAAAGCUAUAAUAAGUAAAUCUGGCGAUAUUGAAAUUGAAGUUAACUGUGAUGCGCUUAAUAAAAUUGGGGUUGAACUUGAACCAAUCCAGUUAAGUAUUUUUUCUCAUAGAUUCAUGAGUAUUGCUGAACAAAUGGGAAGAAUACUUCAGAGAACGUCAAUAUCGACCAACAUCAAAGAGCGUUUAGAUUUUUCAUGUGCAUUAUUUGGUCCAGAUGGUGGAUUAGUAUCGAAUGCACCUCAUAUCCCUGUGCAUCUAGGUGCCAUGCAAGAAGCUGUUCAGUAUCAAAUUAAAUCAGUUGGUAAUGAGAUCAAAGAAGGCGAUGUGAUUUUAAGCAAUCAUCCAAAAGCAGGUGGUUCUCAUUUGCCAGAUCUGACUGUGAUAACUCCUGUAUUUUAUCCUGGUCAAUUAAAACCUGUCUUUUAUGCUGCAAGCCGGGGACACCAUGCAGACAUUGGGGGUAUAACACCAGGAUCAAUGCCUCCACAUUCUAAAUCAUUGUCAGAAGAAGGAGCCCAGUUUAAAAGUUUUUUCUUAGUUCGUAGUGGACAUUUCUGUGAGGAAGAAGUUACCAAUGCUCUUAUGGCUCCUGCUAAGGAGCCUGGAUCUUCUGGCACUAGAAACCUCAAGGAUAAUUUAUCAGAUUUAAAAGCACAGAUUGCAGCAAAUCAAAAAGGUAUUUAUUUGGUCACUGAACUUAUAAAUUCUUAUGGAUUAGAUGUUGUUCAAGCAUAUAUGGACCAUAUACAAAAGAAUGCAGAAAUUGCAGUUCGAGACAUGUUGAAAAACAUUGGUAAUGCUAAUUUAUUAGCUUAUGGGUUGAAAACAUUGGAAUCUGUUGAUUAUUUGGAUGAUGGAUCCAUCAUAAAACUAUCGGUUCAAAUUAAUGUACAAAAUGGAGAAGCUAUAUUUGAUUUUAGUGGAACUAGUUAUGAAGUUUGGGGCAAUUGUAAUGCUCCAAAAGCUAUUACAUUAUCAGCAUUAAUUUAUUGUUUGAGAAGUAUGAUUGGUUAUGAUAUACCAUUAAACCAAGGUUGCCUAAAACCGAUCAAAGUAAUUAUUCCUUCUGGUACUAUACUUGAUCCAUCAGAGAAUGCUGCUGUUGUUGGUGGUAAUGUAUUGACUUCACAACGUGUUGUGGAUGUUGUAUUAAAAGCAUUUGGUGCUGCUGCAGAUAGUCAAGGUUGUAUGAACAACAUAACAUUUGGCCAAGAUGAUUGGGGUUACUAUGAAACUGUUGCUGGUGGUGCAGGAGCUGGUCCUACGUGGAAUGGCCGUAGUGGAGUUCAUACUCAUAUGACAAAUACUCGUAUAACAGAUCCUGAAAUAUUAGAAAAACGUUAUCCUGUUUUUUUAACUACAUUUACAUUACGUAAAAACUCUGGGGGUAAUGGCAAAUAUUGUGGUGGCGAUGGAGUUGUGAGAGAAUUACAAUUUAGAUCUCUAGUGACUUUGUCGAUACUGACUGAAAGGCGAUCUUUUGCUCCUAAUGGAAUCAAAGGAGGUGAGAAUGGGCAAAAAGGUGAAAAUCUAUUAAUAAAAUGUGAUGGCAGAAAAAUUAGACUAGGUGCUAAAACUGCAGUCAACAUUAAUCCCGGCGACACAUUUUUGUUAUUGACUCCUGGUGGUGGUGGAUACGGACUGCCGUCUGAUGAUAACAACACUGUAACUGUGAAGAAGCCUAUUUGUAGCUCAACUUUAGAACGAGGAUCCGGGUAUAACUACCGUAUGCUGCAAGAAUCUGUUUAA